AGAAACCAUCUGAUUGGUCAAUUUUGGAGGUCAUACACAUCGGCGCAUGCGUAGUACACAACAGAUCGUUAUGAAACAAGAUGGCUGCGCCCAUGGAAACUUGAGUGUGCUGUACAAGAGUGAUAGAAAAUGCAUGUCGACAUAUGAUGCACCCAUUGAUGAGCGAAAUUGAUAAGGAGCCCAGAAAAAGUCUUCAGCACUAUCCGUCAAGUAUUGCAUGCAAUGGCAUCACCAGUUGCCCUAGUCCAGGGUGCAAGUAGGGGGUUAGGUCUGCAGUUCUGCCGAAGCCUUCUCCGACGGAGCCCAACAGCCCAUGUCAUUGCCACCUGUCGCAAUCCAGAGAAUGCAAAGGAACUCCUAGCACUGCAGAAUGAGAACAGGAACCGUCUGGAUGUGGAGAAGAUUGACCUUGCCCUGCCCAGGGACAUCCAGGGGGUCGCGGAAAAGGUCAAAGAGAGCGGGGUCAGCAAAUUGGAUCUGCUCAUAAACUGCGCAGGGGUGCUGCACCCUUCCGGGAGAGGCGAAACCAGUCUCAGGGAUGUUUCAAUUGAGGGUUUGUCCACCACCUUGACCACCAACGCAGUCGGGCCUCUUCUGAUGGCCAAGCAUUUUGCCCCUUUGCUGUCGAAAGGCUCUGGGGAGUACGGGUCAAAAGCACAAAGUAAACCCCAUGCUGGGGUCAUUGUCAACAUUUCGGCGAGGGUUGGCUCCAUUUUAGACAACAAAGGUCUUGGUGGCUGGUACAGCUACCGCAUGUCCAAAGCAGCCCUGAACAUGGCCACCAAGAACCUGAGCAUCGAGCUGGCCAGAGGGCGCUCUCCGGUCAUCUGCGUGAGCGUCCAUCCGGGCACGGUCAACACGGACCUGUCCCGCCCUUACCACAAGAGCGUGCCCAAGGACAAGAUCUUCACGGCCGAGUACUCGGUGGAAUGCAUCCUGAAGCUCGUGGACGGGCUGACCAUGGAGGACACUGGAAAGUUUCUGGCGUGGGACGGCGAGCCUAUACCAUUCUGAAUCUUUACAACAAUCGUUAUCAAUUGAGUGAUGUAAUCUAUAAUAAUAAUAUUUCAUAUUUUGGGGGGUUAAACAUCCUUACUCGCAGCUGAGAAGCUGAAUUGCAAGGGACACGACAAGAAGGUGGUCGAUUCAAAAGCAUGUAAAGGCGCCGCUUUGGCUGUUGCCAUAUGACCCAUGUUUGACCACAGAGCACAGCCAGUGUUGAACUUUGCCGGAGAGCACAGAGAAAAACCCUCCGGCACGCAGGAGAGAAUCAACGAACAACUCUACUCGCAUGAUCCGAGCCGGGAAACGCACCCAGAAUUGAGCGCAUUACGCACUAGCCACCCAUGCCACCCAUGUGUGUGAAGAUCUCCAUCCUUCAAAUUUGAGAUCAAUUUCAGGAGUGAAUGACUUGUUUCUAUGCGUGUGCUACGUUUGUGACUGUUACGAAUGCUAGACCAACGUGUAGUGGAUUAUUUGUGCCUUAGUUAUGCCUCAGUGUUUAUACUGGGCAUAGUUUCAGGGAUGCUAUAAAAUAUGCAAUAUUGGGGGAAGUCUGUUUUCUCUUGCAUUGUAUUCACGAAUGAGGGUUCAAAGCCCGCUAUAGUUAUUCUCACAAAUGUACCGUUAGGGAGACACGUUAUCGUAAUUUCUUCGACAAUAGGGAGACACUGGUCAUUAGGGAGACAUUUUCAUGUCUCCCAGCCCCCCUUUAGAGGCAAAACUUUAAUGUCGCAAUCAGGUGAUAUUUGUUGCUCGUGGUCUAAUUAGUAAAAAUACCGAAAUUCGUGGAAAAAGGACAAGGGAAUAUUGGGUUAGGUUACAUUUAAGUUUGAAAAGUUUUGUGCACAAGUCUAUGGGAAUG